AUGACUGAACGUGAUUGGCGUAUAUUCAAAGAAGAUUACAAUAUAACAACCAAAGGAGGAAACAUACCGCCACCUCUGCGUACAUGGAGCGAAGCUAUUCUGCAAAAAGAAGUUUUGGAAGUCAUUGAAAGUGCUGGAUACAAGGAACCAACUCCAAUUCAACGACAGGCAAUUCCAAUUGGUCUACAAAAUCGUGAUGUUAUCGGUAUCGCUGAAACCGGUUCUGGAAAGACAGCAGCAUUUCUUAUCCCACUACUGGUAUGGAUUCAAUCAUUACCAAAAAUUGAAAGGUAUGUAUCUAAACAAUCUUUUAACACUUAAAAGUUAGAUUUCACUAAUUCAGAUUUGAAUGUGUCGCAUACGACACAAUUAUUUCUUUCGAAUUAAGUAAUUUUUAGUAUCAAUAUGUGCUGAUGGACUAGUAAUUUUCAUUUCUGCUGUUAUUUGCUCAUUCAUCAUUCUGUAUCGAUACCCAAAAAAGAAUGGUUUCCUCCUACAUGCACACUACACCGCA